AACCCCGCACACUGGCGCACUCAGCGCGGGCCGGUACCAAACCCUCCCCUCCCAAACCACGCCCCCAUCACGAGCGGCAUCUACCGUCACACCAAUAUCCCAACCUACCGUGCCUUCGGGAACAUGGACACUGCUUUCGAACAGCUCGUCCUCACCAAGAGUCAGGAGAUGCUCAUAAUCCUCCCGCACGGCGCGGGCUUCGCCCUGAACGCCCACGCAGAUACAGUCGCGGCGACGCUGGAAACCUUCUUCUGCUCAAUCGCCUUCCAGGAGAACGGGGGCCACCCCUACAAUGUCCGAGUCCACCCCCCGCGUCCGUGGAAAACCUCCAACACCCCCUUCGGCCAGCCCCAUCCCUUCUCCCUGCACCACAACCCAGAUGCACUCCCCCUCCGCCGCUACCUCCUCUGGAAGCAGGUCUUUGCUGUCUCCCCGGUGGUCUCCUUCACGGCCCUCCCAGUCGUGAACAACAUGCACUCCUGGCGCACGCUCGUAAUCACGGGAGUCACCAUCGAGCACCACCACACCCACAACUUCGUCCUCACCCAGAAGGCGCAGCUCGUCGCCCGCCUCCAGGAGCUUGCCCGAGAGGACCCGGCUUUCUGCCGUGUCGCAGUCCGCAUCGGCAACACCAACAACCCGGGGGUCGAGGACCCGAUGGUCCACAUCAAUGCCGUCCUGGACACCUUCGACCUCCUCCGUACCGUGGCGGAGAGCCCAGACCGCCGCCCUGCUGCUGCCUACGUCCUUAUGGUGGAGCCCCCCGAGAUCACUCCCAACAACUCGGUCAACGAAAUGUGCGAAGUCUUCCGGCACCCUCGCUACAAGAACUUCAGUAUAAAUUUCGACGUCUUCCGCACCGACUGGGACGACCUCCACUGCAGGCUCUGCAAGUCCGAGUACCAUCGCACCCACGACUGCCCGCUCCCCCGCACGGUUGGCUGGCUCGGCACCACUCCGGCCCACCUC